AUGAGACUUUUCAUUUUAUUCUUCUUCAUAUUUUUCAUCAAAUUUUCACAUCAACAAAUUGGAUCUCAAAAAUGUGCAACUGAUUAUAAUUGUCCAAGAAUGGAGACUUGUUUGAUAACUGGAAAUCAAUUGAUUGGUAGAUGCACUUUGGUUUGUGCAAAUGAUGAUAAAGAUUGUCCAGAUGAAUAUUAUUGUAAUAUCGAACAUAAUCCGAGUUAUUGUAAAUUGAAAUCUUCCAAAAAUUGA